AUGCAAAACAUAAGUAAUAUGAGAUUGAUACAACACAAACCUACCAAAUUAUAUAUGGAAUCCCACGGUGAAGAGCAUGCUGCAAAACUGCUUCGUGCUCAAAUCCACGUUUGGAAUCAUAUUUUCAAAUUCAUAAACUCCAUGUCCCUUAAGUGUGCAGUUGACUUGAACAUACCAGAUAUCAUACACGAGUAUGGCAAACCUAUGCCACUCUCAAAACUCAUUGCUUCCCUGAAAAUCAACCCUUCCAAGACUUGUUUCAUUUACCGCUUGAUGAGAAUUUUGACUCUUUCUGAUUUUUUCUGUGAGCACGAUGUCACCGAAAAUGAGCUUGAAGUGAGGUAUGGUCUAACUGAUGUAUCUAAACUACUCCUUAAGGACCAUCCCUUUAGUUUGAGAUGUUUUCCCCAAUUCGUACAUCCUCCAGUGGUUAUCAAUUCAUGGUUUCAAUUCUCUACUUGGUUGACAAAUGAAGAUCCUACCGCAUUUCAUACUGCAAAUGGUAUGGGAUUUUGGGAUUUUGCUGCGCGUGAGCCUAAAUUCAAUCACCUCUUCAGUGAGGCCAUGGCUAGUGACAGUCGAUUGGUUUCCAGUAUGGUGAUUGAGAAGUGUAAGAGAGUGUUUGAGGGAUUAGAAUCAUUGGUUGAUGUUGGAGGAGGAACAGGGACUAUGGUUAAGGUCAUUGCUGAGUCAUUCCCACAACUAAAGUGCAUUGUAUUUGAUCUGCCACAUGUUGUUGGUGACUUGCAAGGAACUGAGAACAUAAAAUAUGUUGGAGGGGAUAUGUUUCAAGCAAUUCCACCUGCUGAUGCCAUUGUGUUGAAGUGGAUAUUGCAUGACUGGAACGACGAAGAAUGUGUGAAAAUACUGAGUAAUUGCAAGAAGGCAAUAAGUAGCAAGGGCAAGGUUAUCAUCAUUGAGAUGGUGAUGGGGAAUAAGAAGGAAGACCGUGAAUUAACUGAGACGGAGAUUUUCUUUGAUAUGCAGAUGAUGGUAGUCUUUAAUGGAAAAGAGAGAAAUGAUAAAGAGUGGGCCAGCCUCGUUUCCUCUGCUGGUUUCAGUAACUACAAGAUUACUCCAGCUCUAGGUUUGGUUUCUAUGAUCGAGGUUUAUCCAUAG